AUGGUUAGAUCUUCGGAUAAUACAGGCAUCUUUACGGAGGCUCUUAUCUUUAAUAGAGAGCAGCAGCAGCAGCAGCAGCAGCAGCAGCAACAGCAGCAGCAGCAGCAGCAGCAGAAUGGUAAUGCUCUUAGCUGCUCGCGCUGCAGCAGUUUAGGCAGCAGCAGGAGGCGUAGUAAUAGCACAGCAGCAGCAGCAGACGCAGCAGACUACGGGGAAGAAAUGCAACAGCAGCAGACUAUGCUGGAGAACCAGCAGCAGCAACAGCAGCAACAGCAGCAGCAGCAGCAGCAGCAGCAGCAGCAGCAGCAGCAAGGCCGCAUGCAACAGGAGGAUGUCUUAACUGUAGCUGUGGGCGUCUCUCUGCAGUGGCAGCAAGAAGAUAUGCUGCUGCAGCAUGUGCAGCAAUUAAGGAAGCAGGUACAAGACCUGCAAGACACACUUGCUGCGCUGCAGCUGCAGAACAGCAGCAGCAGCAACAACAAUCAGCAGCAGCAACAGCAGCAGCAGCAACAGCCACUUUCCCUAUCCGAUCUGCAGCAGCAGCAGCAGCAGCAGCAAGAAGAAGAAGAGGAAGAAGAAGCUGAAUCUGUCUGUUGGAGUCUUGACCCUCGUGAUUAUAAGUAA